AUGGCCACCAAGUCAAGGCCCACGCUACUCCCUCUCGAACUCGCGGCCUCUUUCUUGGUGCCGCACACGGCAUCCCUGGGGCGCACAUGCAAGCGAUUACUCCUAGCCACCACCUCACCCAAACAGUGCAACGCGGCGUGGAUUGAUUUAUUUCGGCGACGCUUCCCUUGCCUGGCGACCCUGGGAAAAUUUAAGCAUCCGGCGGACGCGCGGAAACUCGUCGAAGAGCUGCUCGCCGCGACUCCGUCGCGGAUGUGGCGCUCCCUGGUAGCGUCUGGCCCCCUGAGUGGCCAGCCGAUGCACGUCGCCGGACAGCACGGUGAAUUCUACUCGCACCCGAUACUUGCCUUGCCUCCGUGCCCACGCGACGAGGAAGGGAGUCCCCUACCGCUGUCCCGAGACGUCACGAUUGCGGUGCAGUUGAUAGCGCGGGGCGCGACCGCCGUGGCAAGCGCGCCUCAGCUAUACGGCGCCGUCUGCCUCGACGAACUGAAUAUAGGAAAUGCAACUGAAUUCAUGCCGUCUGGUGUAUUGAAUCCACAGGACCGGUCGAAUACAUGCAUGCCGCUCAAAAGGGUCAACGAGGCCGCCUCCUAUUUUCCGGACGAGAUUCAAGUAGACCCGGAUAAUCAGACGACAACGCCGUCUUACGGUGCAGUAGUAGCAAGUCAUAAGGCCGUACGUAAACAGCAGGAGUUGUACGCGGUUGUGGGCGACGAUGUUUAUUUGUUACUGAACCGUCGCGAUGCUCCCAACCCCAUGUUCUCUGUCGACGAGCAACUCGAGGAACUUUAUACCAAAGUCAGAUACUGCCUCCAAUUAGGAGUCGAAAACAUGCCCUUCGUCUCGAGUUGGUCGUCCGAGGUCAAAAGGGGCGACACUGGCGAGUCCGACUCUGUGUGGCGUUUUGGCUGUUACAAUCUCGACAACGACGGCAAACUAAUCUGGGACGACAAAAGCUGGGUCUGGAUUCACUUCGAUCUUCCGGAGCCGCAAACUGACGCGGACGUCAGCUUUUGCCGGGCCCUCGCCGCGACCCGGCCCGUUCGCUUCCAGCGCGCCCCGGGCUAGUAGUUCUAACAUACGUUAAGCACACAAGAGAUCAGCAGAGGGG